GAGCUGUCAGCAGUUUUGAAUGGUUACAGUAUCAUUGUGGCGUUUAUGAGUUUGUCUCUUUUCCGGCGUUUUAUUUACUAUCGAGGCUUUUGUUGGUUGAGUUAGAUUUUUCUACGUUCUAAACGAAAAGAGGAUUUUUACACAGUAAAAUGCCGGCUGCUCCUGAAUCGACAGAUGUCGAGAUGAAAAAUGCCGACAGCCCUGCAGCAGAGGCAGUGGAAGUAUCAGGGGACCCCGUUUGCAUACAGGAGAUUCGGGAGCAUAUUCGCCAGAUUGAGAAAGCCGUUCAAAACAAAGAGCCUCGGUUCAUCCUUCGUGUUCUCAGGUCUUUGCCAAAUACUAGAAGAAAAUUGAACGCUAAUGUUUUAAGAGGGAUAAUAUCUGGUUUCUACACACAUUCAAAUGCAGAAAAGGAUGCAUUAAUGGCUUUUAUCGACGAGCCGAUGGAAAUCGAAGGCAACAGUGGUCAGAGGAUGAGGAGUACGAAGAGUUCGUCAACACCUCUGAUCCCUGAAGUUGAUGCCUACCUUCAUCUAUUAGUCCUUGUUAAGUUGAUCGAUGCUUCUAAAUAUCAAGAUGCUGUUAAAUGUUCUGACCAGCUGAUGGCAAAGAUUGUGGCACAGAAUCGUAGAACUAUUGAUUUGAUCGCUGCUAAGUGCUAUUUUUAUCAUUCAAGAUCUUAUGAACUUACAAACCGUCUUGACAGCAUAAGAGGUUUUCUCCAUUCAAGGCUGCGUACGGCGACUCUUAGGAACGAUUUUGAAGGUCAAGCUGUUAUUAUAAAUUGCCUUUUGAGAAAUUACCUCCAUUACAAUCUGUACGAUCAAGCCGAUAAACUUGUGUCCAAAUCUAUUUAUCCAGAAUCCGCGAGUAACAAUGAAUGGGCUAGAUUCCUGUAUUACCUUGGAAGGAUAAAAGCAGCUAGGUUGGAAUACUCAGAAGCUCAUAAACAUCUAGUCCAAGCUUUGAGAAAAGCACCUCAACACGCUGCAGUCGGGUUUAGACAGACGGUGCAGAAACUGGCUGUUACAGUUGAACUCUUGCUUGGAGACAUUCCGGACAGGCAGAUAUUCCGACAAGCCCCUUUGAGGCGAUCGUUGGCCCCUUAUCUCCAGCUCACUCAGGCCGUUAGGACUGGUAAUCUUCAAAGAUUUGGCGAAGUUUUGGAAAUGUUCGGCCCUCAGUUCACGUCCGAUCAUACUUUUACCCUUAUCCUUAGACUCCGUCACAAUGUUAUCAAGACAGCUAUAAGAUGCAUCGGCCUGUCAUACUCGCGCAUAACCCCAGCAAAUAUUGCAAAAAAGCUUGGCCUAGAUUCACCCGAAGAUGCCGAAUUCAUUGUGGCAAAAGCGAUCCGUGACGGUGUUAUUGAAGCUACACUCGACCCUGAAAAGGGUUACAUGUCGAGCAAAGAAGUAAGCGACAUCUAUUGUACCCGUGAACCCCAGCUUGCAUUCCACCAGAGGAUCUCAUUCUGCCUAGAUCUCCACAACCAGAGUGUGAAAGCGAUGAGGUACCCACCAAAAUCGUACGGCAAAGAUUUAGAAUCAGCAGAAGAGAGAAGAGAAAGGGAACAGCAGGAUUUGGAGCUUGCUAAAGAAAUGGCUGAGGAAGAUGAUGAUGUUUUCCCGUGAUUGUUUUCUUAAUAAAAAUAUAUAUUUAAAAUGUC